AUGAACUCUUCUGACACCGAAGACGCGCACGAGAUAAGCUCCAGGGAGGAAGAGGCAGAAUCAGGGCCUACUUCCAGGAGCGGGGGAGGCGCCAAAAGGGCGAAAAAGACAAUUGAAGAGAGGUACCAGAAGAAGUCGCAACUAGAGCACAUUCUAUUGCGCCCGGACUCGUACAUCGGCAGUACGGAGAUAAGUUCCCAACAGCUAUGGGUGAUGCCUGAAGGGGAGCCGCGAAUGCAGCAACGAGUCAUAUCGUUUGCUCCGGGGCUCUACAAAAUAGUUGACGAGAUAUUAGUUAAUGCAGCAGAUGUGAAGGCGAGAGAAACAGAGGGCGGCGCGGCGCCAAGGGCGAAAAUGACGGCUAUCAAAGUCAACGUGAACCAGGCCGAGGGAACUAUCCGUGUAUGGAACGACGGAGACGGUAUUCCCGUCGCGAUUCACAAAGAACACAAGGUGUACGUUGCGGAGCUGAUCUUCGGUCAGUUGCUCACUAGUGACAACUACGACGACACAGAGGCCAGAGUGACGGGAGGCCGUAAUGGCUUUGGCGCCAAGUUGACGAAUAUAUUUUCUACAUAUUUUGAAGUCGAAUGCGCAGACAGCAAGAGAAACAAAAAGAUUAAGGUUGUGUGGACCGACAAUAUGAGCAAACAAGAUCCUCCGGUCAUUUCGCCAUUUAAUGGGACGGGCGACUACGUGGCCGUUAAAUUCAAACCUGACCUUCGCCGUUUUGGGAUAACGACGCUUGAUGACGAUUUGAUCUCUUUGCUACGAAAAAGGUGCUACGAUCUGGCUGGCACUGCAGGAACUGCUGUUUACUGGAAUGGCAUGCGUUUACCAGUACGCAACUUCGUAGAAUACGUAGACCUGUACCUUGGGGAAAGCCCAUCAAGAAAGAGAGGGAGCAAAAGCAAAGGUGGAGGACGAAAGAAGAGAAAAAAGAAAGGCAGUGACGGUGAAAGUAGCGACUCCACGGGAGAAGGGACAGAGAAUGACACAGAGACUGCCCAGGAUGGAGACAAGGAGAACGAAAGGCCGCCUGAAAGGCAGACAAUUAAAAUUCACGAAAAAAUGCAUAGAUGGGAAGUCGUUAUUAGCCAGACGGACGGCAGCGCGUUUUCUCAGGUGUCAUUUGUCAACAGUAUUUGUACGCCUAAGGGGGGCCACCAUGUAAAUCACGUCAUAGAGCCGCUCUUGGCGGCCUUAGUUAAGAAGGCGAACGCCAAAAAUAAAGGAGGGAUGGAGAUCAAGGCCGCGCACGUGAGGCAGCACCUCUGGGUAUUUGUCAAAUGUCUUAUUGAGAACCCGGCAUUCGACUCGCAAACAAAGGAGACGCUAACCACGACUGUUUCUCGCUUUGGGAGCAAGUGCAAUUUGUCAGAGCGGACAAUAAACGCUGUCGCUAAAUCUCCUAUCUUAGAAGGGGUUCUCUUGUGGGCACAGACAAAGGCACAGGUUGAACUGAGGCGUCAGAUGUCAGUGGGAAAGACGAAAGGCAGAGAACGUCUCACGGGCAUUUCCAAACUUGAGGACGCUAACGAGGCGGGGGGCCGUUAUGCCCAGGAGUGCACUUUGAUCCUGACAGAGGGUGACAGCGCCAAAACGUCUUGUCUUGCGGGCCUUUCUGUCGUUGGCAGGGAUAAAUAUGGCGUGUUUCCGCUUCGGGGGAAGCUGCUAAAUGUGCGCGAAGCAUCAUUCAAGCAGCUAAAGGAGAAUCGAGAAAUACAGAACAUCCUCAGAAUUCUUGGACUGCAGAUUAACGAUAAGUUGCAGGACGCGCGGGGCUUGCGUUACGGAUCCCUCAUGAUCAUGACGGACCAGGACUAUGAUGGGUCGCACAUAAAGGGGCUUCUCAUCAACAUGCUCCACCACUACUGGCCCCAGCUGUUGCAGUGCAACCAUUUUCUCACCGAGUUUGUCACACCCAUUGUCAAGGUAUCGAAGGGGUCGGUCGAAAAGGCAUUUUUUACCCUCGUUGAAUAUGACAUGUGGAGGAAACAGGCGGGAAACCUCACCGGCACCGGAGAUGGAGAGUUGAUCGAUAUGGCCUUCAGCAAGAAACGUGCAGAAGAUAGAAAGCGUUGGCUGCAGGGUUAUCGUGAGGGCACCUUUGUUGACCAUUCAGUGAGGGAAUUGACGUUCUCCGACUUCGUAAACAAGGAACUUGUUCAAUUCUCCAGAUACGACAAUGAGCGUUCCAUCCCUCAACUUGUGGAUGGCUGGAAAGUCGGGCAGCGCAAAGUGCUGUUUGCAGUUUUCAAGAAAAAUACGAAGGCUGAAUUGAAGGUCGCCCAGUUGUCAGGCUACGUAGCCGAACAGAGUGCUUACCACCACGGAGAACAGUCCCUGCAACAAACUAUCAUAACCAUGGCGCAGCGGUUUGUGGGCAGCAACAACCUGAAUUUCCUUGAGCCUGUUGGACAAUUCGGUUCGAGGAAAGAAGGAGGGAAAGAUGCGUCUGCACCGCGCUACAUCUUCACCAAACUCGCGCCGUACACUCGUCUAGUCUUCCCUGAGGCAGACGACCCACUGCUGGAGUACCUUUAUGAAGAGGGUCAAAAGAUUGAGCCCAAGUAUUAUGUUCCUGUCAUUCCAACUGUGCUUGUCAAUGGGAGCGAAGGCAUCGGAACAGGGUGGUCUUCCUUCAUCCCCAACUAUAACCCAAAAGAUAUUAUCUCUAACUUGAAAAGAUUCAUCGCGGGAGAGGAGAUGGUUCGAAUGAAGCCAUGGUACAGGGGGUUUAAGGGCAUAAUUGAAGAAAACGCGACCAAAACUGCAUUCGAGACCAUUGGCAUUAUUGAGAAGAAAGGGGAAGAUAUCAUAGAGAUUAGCGAAUUACCCAUCAAGCGCUGGACGCAGGAUUACAAAGAAUGGAUCGAAGAGCAGCUGCCAGCACCCGACAAGAAGGAUCCUUGGAUUUUCGACUACAGGGACAGCAGCAGUCAUGAAGACAUUAAGUUUGUUGUUAAGCUUUCGGCAGAGCGCCUUGAGGGGGCCGAUCAUGAGGGCCUUGUGAAAAUGUUUCGUCUCAAAUCUUCCUUAAGUACCCAAAACUAUCACCUUUUCAAUGCUGAGGGGAAGGUUCAAAAAUACGCUGAUGAACUUGAAAUCAUGAAGGCCUUUGCUGCCAUUCGCUUGGCAUUCUAUGAGGGGUAUGACCCCAUGAGGGAACUGGAGAAGAAAUGUGCAUGUCUCAUUGAGAGCAUCCUCAAACGUGAGACCCCCCAAGAGCAUGGCUUGUCCGAAAAAGAAAGUGCCGAUGAAGAGGUGCCGACUGCAUGCGGUUGUAUAGGCUCGGACUUUGACUACCUCGUUGGGAUGCCUCUGUGGAGUCUAACGACCGAGAAAGUUGAAGAUUUGAAGCGGCAGCUGCGCGACAAAGAAGUUGAGCUUGAGAAUCUUCGGCAGACAGACAUCCGCACCUUGUGGUUGAAGGACUUAGACGCCCUUUUAGAAGCGAUUGAGAAGCAGGAAGUUGCUGAUCAAAAGCAGAGAGAAGCGGACCUUGCCUUCCACAAGCAUUUGGAGAACAAGAAAGGCCUGAAGGGUCUCACAGCUUUUAAGGGAAAGCCGAAGGCAGUGAAAGGAGGUGCACCCAAAGCAGCACCCAAAGUGGGGAGCGCCAAGUCGACAUCCAAAGCCCGUAAAAAGGCAAAGCCAAGCUCUGACGAGUGUGUGGGCUCCUCAGAUGAUUCAGAUGAGUCUUCAGAUGAAGUGAGCCUUCCAGACGAUUCUUCUGAAGAGGAUCGGCCUUCCAGGAAGCAGGCGAGACCUCAGCAGGCUCCGACAACGAACGAAGUGAAGCCACAGGUGUCUUCAAGGCCUACUGCUGCGUUACCGACAGCUUCAGAUGGACACGGCUUCGCAUCGUUCUUGCAGUCACAUGAAACUGCAAAGGCGACAACGGGGAAGGAAGAAAACACCCCACAGGCGCCAGCCGUUCGACCUCCACUUCAGUCGCUGUCGCUUCUCGACCGACUUAGACUGGGAGGAGGGAAUUCUUUCUCUUCAGCCGCUCCCAUUAGAACUAAACAACUAACCCUGGACGAGAUAUUUGCACCUACGGGCAGCAGCGCGGCCAAACCCUCAAAUUCUCCAAAGGCUGCUCAGCUCGUGCCCACCAGCGCGGCACACACCAUAAACGGACCUUCGGCGCCGACUCCUGAUGCAGCUGCUCUACCUGAAUCUGCAGACCCCACUACGGAUCAUUCUGUGACCAAAACGCCGCCGAAACCCAAGAGACGCAGGGUGCUGGCGGACUCCGAUGAUUCGGAUUCCUGUGUAAAGUCCGGAAGAAAAGCGAAGUCGUCAACUCCUAUGAAGUCCGCGCAGUCAACACCGCAAAAGCCCAAGCCUCGAGAAACUCCAAAAAAGCGGCAAUUCAGGAAUGAUGAUGCUAUAUGCCCUGCCACAGACGACGAUUUGGGCGUGGAAGUAUCCCCGAUCGCGUCUAACAGGCCUCGUCGCGCGGCGGCGCAAGCGCCGAAGAAGUACACCGUAGACUCAUCGGAUUUAAGCGGAGACAGCGAUGCUUCUGAAGAAGCUUCGGAAGCAGAAAGUGUUUCGGACAGCGAUGAGUAG